UUGCAGGGGCGAGGAUGGUGAUGUCAGUGCGCUAACGUUAGCUAGCUAGUUAGCCUGAGCUAACGCAUUGGCUUAACUAGGUAGCCGUGUAACUAGCAUUAAUUAGCCAAUACGAUAGCUACUUAACUGUCCAGAUUUGUUCAAAGAUAUCGAUAAUUUUAAAGAGAAUACAAAAUGGCGGAUUAUUGAUGGUGCGAGAGCUAGGUAGCUAGUAAGCAAGUGGGGGUGGUAGCUAGCUAACGCGUUACCAAACUAACGUUAGAUGUACUACAGUGCCUAUGUGGGGAUUACUUUUCCCAAACAAUGUCAGCCAAUUUAAGUUUAUGCUACAUUACUAGCUACAAUCUAACAUUAGAUAACUAUGUAAAUAUGUUGGCCAGCCAAAUACCCACGUUUACUAACAUUCUCGUGGUCCAACGUUAGCCAUAGCCUGCUAUCUGGGUGUGACGUAUCGAAGACUGAACUUAAAUAAAACCUACCCCCAAUGAUAAGCAAUUUUGACGUAGUUAAGUUAGUCAGUGAGAGAACAUGCAUGUCAAUUGUCAUGAAGCUGUUUUUAGUUGUGUGAGUACAGGGCAUGAUCAUGUCUGUCAGAUUAUGGAACCCUGGUCACAUGUAACUUUGAUUUACCCCGAAAUAAAACCAGCUUUAUUUCACCCCCAAAUCAAACGCGAUUCUUCAGACAUGUCGCUCUCAUUCUUGACAUUGAUGUAACUACCGGUUUCUUAAAGAAAUGGUGGAGUCCAUGAAGAGAGUGGCCGGGUUGGAUGUGGAACUAACAGUCGAGGAGCGAAACCUACUAUCAGUGGCCUACAAAAAUGUUAUUGGGGCGAGGAGAGCAUCAUGGAGGAUAAUCAGCAGUAUUGAACAAAGGGAAGAAAACAAGGGCGGAGAAGACAAAUUGAAAAUGAUCCGGGAAUACAGGCAAACGGUUGAGAAUGAGCUGAAGUCUAUCUGUAAUGACAUUCUUGAUGUAUUGGACAAGCACCUUAUUCCCGCUGCUAACACGGGAGAGUCCAAGGUCUUCUACUACAAAAUGAAAGGCGAUUACCACAGGUAUCUCGCUGAGUUUGCCACCGGGAACGACCGGAAGGAGGCUGCGGAGAACAGUUUGGUCGCCUACAAAGCUGCUAGCGACAUCGCCAUGAUCGAACUGCCACCUACACACCCCAUUCGCCUAGGCCUCGCGCUUAACUUCUCCGUAUUUUACUAUGAAAUCCUCAAUUCACCCGACCGCGCAUGCAGGUUGGCGAAGGCUGCGUUCGAUGACGCCAUCGCAGAGCUGGACACGCUGAGCGAAGAGAGCUACAAGGACUCCACACUAAUCAUGCAGUUGUUACGCGACAACCUGACACUAUGGACUUCAGACAUGCAGGGAGAUGCAGGUGAAGAACAGAACAAAGAGGCGCUGCAAGAUGUGGAGGAUGAGCCCCAGUGAGACAUUACAGCCAACUUGAGACCCACCCCCCCCCCCCCCAACAAAGAAACUGUAGCCACCACGCCCAAGUGACUGCGGCUCUCAGCAGCUCUCUGGCCCCAUGGUCUUAGAGAUGAUCAGUCAUUGUUAAUAUUUGUUUUUUUGUUUUUUUCUCUCCCUUUAAUUCAAUUCAAAUAUAAAUACCACUUAAUUGAGACAAUAAAUACAAUUUUGGAAAGGCAAAGAGUCCCUGGAUUAUUUUAUUUUUCUUGGUACACACGGUUCUGAAAAAAAAUCUUUGUUUUCAUUAUUGUAUUGUUUUAAUUUUGUUUUGUUUAUGCUCUUUCCUCAAUAUUUUAUCAGUUGCUGGAUGUAUUUUGAGAUUUUUUUUUCUUAAUGUAAUUACAGAAAUUAACUUUUAUUACUGAUAUGUCUAUUAGUUGUGGGAGCUGUAAUAUUUCUGUGUUAGUGAAAGAGAUGCAAAUCAUUAAACCUUUUUAAGGGCAAGUCUAAACAAAGUCCUCUUUCGUUAACUUAGUUGAUCAGAGGAAGGUGGCAAAAUUCUUGAUAUCCACGUGGAGCAAAAUGCUUAGCUUUUACACCAUAGUGAUUCUGUUGUAAUGUUUUGGAUUGUACGUUGUGCUAAAAUACUGUAUUGCGAAUACUUGCUGAUUUCAGAUGGUGGCUGGUAGCUGUAAAAAUCCAAGGGAGCGUUGUCGCGUUAACACAGUUCUCGAUUGGCUUCUGUUCCAAGAUGACAGGGUUCUGAAGAGAUGAUUUCAAGCCGGCAUGAGUAAAUGAAUCGUUAUUUUUCUGCCUCUUUCCCCUCCUUUUAUAUAGCUCAAUGUUUUCCUUUUCUUUUUGCUGCAUUGUGUCACUUAAAGCUAAUUUGUACUACUGGAUAUCUGACUGGAGCCACAGAGCAUCUGUAUUGUUCUUACUGAAACACAGCAUGGAAUUAACAUUAAACAAUCUAAAUUAAACAUA